AUGAGCGAGCUCGGCGCCGCCGCGGCCCACCCCGACUACCCAAUGUGGUCGAGCUUGUUGCGCUGGAGCCUGGCGCAGGGCUCCGACGGCACGAGUGCGUCGCCGCAGGGGCCCAUGAGCGAGGAAAAGCGCAAGUUUCUGGAAGGUGCCUUAAAAGCGAUGGGCGAGGACGGCGCCGAGCGCCAGCGCGCGAUCUUUGAAGCCGUGCAGAAAUAUGUGGACGGCGCGGGCGACGCGGACGCGUGUGUGGAUGCGCUGGAGCAGCUCGAGGACGACGCCCAGGACCUCGACGCGGCGCGCGACCUGCUGAAGGUGGGGAUGCUGGGCCUCGUCCUGAAAGCGGUCGACGCGGACGACGCGGCCGUCUCGGCGGCGGCGUGCGGCGUCGUCGCCGUGGCCACCGCGAACGACGCCGAGGUGCAGAACGGCGCGGGCCAACAGGCCGUGGACGCGCUGCUCGGGGCGUGGCGGCGGAGCGCGGCCAGGGAGGACGACGGCUGGGGCCGGCGCGCGCUGCACGCGCUCUGCGCGACGACGCGCAACGCGCCCAUGGAGAAGCGCUACGUAGAAAAAGACGCCUGCGAGGUGCUCAAGUACGCGCUCCUGCGCUCGGCCACGAAGGACGGCGCGCGCCUCGCGGCAAAGGCGGCCUUCGCGCUCCAAGCCUUGCUCGCCGACGACCCGGGCCGCAAGACGCACCUCGGGUCGGCGAUCAACGCGGCGACGCGCCACCUCGAGGCGCCGCCGCUGUUCGCGGACGACGUCGCGGCCGACGCGGCGCGGCGCCAGCUCCGCGAGCACUGCGCGCGCGCCGUCGCCCGCGCCGGGCCGCCCAAGCGCGCGGAGCAGUGCGCCGCCGCGGCGAAGCGGUUCCUGGGCGACGCGGCGCGCGCGGCGGCGUGCGAGGCCGAGGGCGUCGCGGACUCCCUGGCGGUGCUCGAGGGGCGCGAGUCGUAGUAGCUGUUUUUCUUGUGGUAAUUUAGAGCGGUUUUUUA